AUGAACAAGCUCCUUUUAGGCCGAUUUCCUGUCGAAAAAAGUGCCUUAUUUGUCUGCGACAUGCAAGAAAAAUUUGCAAGUGGCAUCAAAUAUUUUCCACAAAUUGUUGCCAACAGCAAGAAACUUUUAGAGUCUGCCAAAAUCAUGGAUAUUCCGGUGGUUUACACUGAACAAUAUCCAAAAGGUUUAGGGCAUACUGUGCCAGAACUAAAUAUUACCGAGUAUUCUAAAGACAAAUUUGAAAAACUCCAGUUCUCGAUGAUGACUCCUGAGUUGAUGAACCACCUAAAGGGUGAACUUAAGCAUGUCAACACAGUUGUUCUUUGUGGGAUUGAGACGCAUGCUUGCAUCCGUCACACUGCAAUUGAUUUGAUUGAUCAGGGCUUUAAUGUUCAUGUUGUUGUGGAUGCUUGCUCAUCUCGUACUAUGGUGGACAGGAAAUAUGCAUUGAAAGCCAUUGAACGAAUGGGUGCUAACUUGACUACAACGGAAAGUGCAAUUUUCGGCUACGCACCGGAUGCAGGUCAUCCAAAAUUUCGAAUGCUUCGCGAAUUACUUCUGCAGCCGUCAGCUGAUACUGGGCUGUGAAUAAUAUGGCGGGAAGUGCCAGUUUUGCAAUAAUAUGGUGUAGUUCGCUUCGACACCUUGUGGUUCGAUUGGGCAACUAAAAAAGCACAGGGUCAGUAUGUAAAUCAAGACAAAUACAAAUUGUUACUUCAACAAGCUUAAAGAAAGUGCUAGUUGUAUGUUGUAUUACACCUACGGAGAAUAGUGCUCCAGGUGAAUUCUCUCCAAGAGAAAUAUACAAAUGCAAGAACUA